AUGAAAAUAGUUCUUUUCAUAACUCUCUUUUUAGCUUUACUAAGUUGUAAAAGCUAUGGAAAAUCGAAAUUGAAAAAUAAAGGCAAAAAAGGAAAAAAUAAUAUAUCGUUGGGGGGCGAUUUUUUAGGAGACAUUACCCCUUUGCCUAAUUCAGUAUAUAACUUACAUGUUGAUUUGAACAAAAGUUAUGAAUUAAAUAAUUUUGUUUUAAAUGAAAAUGAAAAAAUAAAUGAUGCUUUAUUUUUAAUGUAUAAAGAACAUUCGAAUACUGUGAAAGAACUUCGAGAAACAAUGAAUCUAAGACAAAAGGUCAUAGAUCAGUUAAUUAGUGAAAUAAAGGAAUUAAAAGAGAAAGCUAUUCCUUAA